AUGGCCGAAGUGAAGCUGCUGGGAUUUUGGCCAAGCCUUUUUGUUCACAGAGUGAUAUGGGCUCUAAAGCUCAAGGGUGUGAGCUAUGAGUACAUAGAAGAAGACCUUUCAAACAAGAGCCAGUUGCUCUUGCAGUCCAACCCAGUUUACAAGAAGGUGCCGGUUCUUGUCCAUGGCGGCAAGCCGAUUGCCGAGUCCCUCAUCAUCCUCGAAUACAUCGAAGAAACAUGGCCAGAGAAGCCCUUGCUUCCAAAAGAUCCUCAUGAAAAAGCCCUUGCUCGAUUUUGGAUACAAUUUGGAGUAGAGAAGAUACGGCCCAGCCUUGGUGCAUAUUUUCGAGCUGUUGGAGACGAAGAACAAGAAAAGGCAACAAAAGAGUUGCAUGAAGCUCUAAAAAUCUUGGAAGAACAAAACCUUGGAGACAAAAUAUUCUUCGGAGGCGACACUAUUGGUCUGGUGGACAUUGCCUGUGGAGCUCUGAGUUACUGGUUUGAAUGCGUGGAAGAAGCGGUAGGGAAAAAAGUGAUAGAACCAGGCACUCUGCCUCGCUUGCAUGCAUGGGCUCAGAAUUUUAAGCAAGCGCCUGUGAUCAAAGAGAACCUGCCUGAUCAUGGAAGACUGCUUGACUAUGUGAAACAAACAAGAGAGAAGUUUGUCUUGGCCAAAAGCACUGCCCAGUAG